AUGGCGUCGAAGAUAUCUCUGAAAACCAAGGGCAAGACUCCGGCGAAGGGCUCCAAGGGCUCGGAAGAGCGCUCGGUGGCUCAGUCCGUGAAGGAGUGGAGCACGUGGGCCAUGAAGAAGGCCAAGGUCGUCACCCACUACGGCUUCAUCCCGCUGGUCAUCAUCAUCGGCAUGAACUCGGAUCCCAAGCCGCAACUUUCCCAGCUGCUCAGCCCGGUCUGAUCUGAUCCGGGUCGGAUCAUUCAAAUUCCGUGAUGGGUUUUCGAUAUUGUCUUUAAUGGGUUAAUGGGUCAGUGCUUAUUCGUCGAAUCUACAUGUUCUGGUUAUGGGUAGGAGGUAUUAGGGUUGAGUUAUUUGAUUUGAGGAAUUUUAUGUAUGCUUGCUUAAACUGACGAAUGGGCACUUUUCACUGAGGAUUUUGCCUUUUGUUGUUGGAUUUAUGGAAUAUAUACAGUUGGGGUUUCUGCUUCCUAAUAA